CUUCAUCCGAGCGGAUGAAAACAAACACUAACGAUGGCGGCGCCGGGAGGCGACCGGCUGCUGGGCUUAAGGCAGGAGUGAUCGCCUGAGCUGUGAGAGCACUCGUGAAGAACGCCGUUCAACGUGAGUGCGACAACUCGCGCAGUCCUGGGGGUGAAACACCCAGGGUCAACGAGCCACGAGCCUCCUAAGGCGUGUGGUAUCUAUCUGCGACCCCUGCUGUCACUGCCGCUCCGGAGCUUCGAGCCCUCAGCCAGGAGGCGCAACUGGCUGGCCCCAGGCCCCGGCCUCCGUAAUGAGAGCCUCGAGCCAUUCUCUGUGUCGCAGCUUCACAGGUGAGGGUGACUGUUGACUAGUGAAAAAAGGGACCCAAGGUUCACGACUAUCUACUUACUGUCAGUGGAAAGACCGGUGGAAACCUGCGAUCCAUUCUCAUUUAAUAAAUCUCUGGAUUUCUAUAGGCAAUGGAAACUGAUCUCAAUUCCCAAGACAGAAAGGACCUGGACAAGUUCAUUAAAUUUUUUGCCCUCAAGACUGUCCAAGUGAUUGUCCAGGCUCGACUUGGUGAGAAGAUUUGUACUCGUUCAUCUUCGUCCCCAACGGGUUCAGAUUGGUUCAAUUUAGCAAUCAAAGAUAUCCCAGAGGUUACACAUGAAGCAAAAAAGGCACUUGCAGGGCAGCUGCCUGCUGUCGGGAGAUCAAUGUGUGUGGAGAUCUCACUCAAGACUUCUGAGGGAGAUUCCAUGGAGCUAGAAAUUUGGUGUCUCGAAAUGAAUGAAAAGUGUGAUAAAGAGAUUAAAGUUUCCUACACGGUGUACAACAGGCUGUCUCUGCUGCUGAAGUCCCUCCUUGCCAUAACUAGGGUGACACCAGCUUACAGACUCUCCAGGAAACAGGGGCAUGAAUAUGUCAUAUUGUACAGGAUAUAUUUCGGGGAAGUGCAGCUGAAUGGUUUAGGAGAAGGUUUCCAGACAGUGCGUGUUGGGACAGUAGGAACCCCUGUGGGCACCAUCACUCUUUCUUGUGCUUACAGAAUUAACUUGGCAUUUAUGUCCACCAGGCAAUUUGAGAGGACCCCGCCUAUCAUGGGGAUUAUCAUUGAUCACUUCGUGGACCGUCCCUAUCCCAGCUCCUCACCCAUGCAUCCCUGCAAUUACAGAGCUGCUGGUGAGGACACUGGAGUGACAUACCCUUCCGUGGAAGACUCUCAAGAAGUGUGUACCACCUCUUUUUCCACCUCCCCUCCAUCCCAGUGUGUGUUUACUGUCACAAAGGCACAUUUUCAGACCCCUACUCCUGUGGUGACGGACACUCUGAGGGUCCCCAUGGCAGGACUGGCCUUUUCCCAUCAACUCUCAAGCUCUCGCCUUUCCUAUCAGCCUGCUGCCCUGGGCCCUGGACCAGCUGACCUGGCUUACCCAGUAGUGUUUGCUGCUGGCUUAAAGGCCACACACCCUCACCAGCUCAUGGUUCCCGGGAAGGAAGGUGGGGUACCCCUCGCUCCCAACCAGCCUGCGCAUGGUGCUCAGGCCGACCAGGAGAGAUUGGCGACCUACACCCCCUCUGACGGGGCCCGCUGUGCUGCCACACCAUCCAGCAGCGAGGAUACUGAAACUGUAUCAAACAGCAGUGAGGGCCGGGCAUCCCCCCAUGAUGUCUUGGAAACCGUCUUUGUCCGAAAAGUGGGGGCUUUUGUCAACAAGCCCAUCAACCAGGUGACCCUGACCAGUUUGGACAUACCCUUCGCCAUGUUUGCUCCCAAGAACUUGGAGCUGGAGGAUGCUGAUCCCAUGGUGAAUCCUCCAGAUUCCCCAGAGACUGAAUCUCCUCUCCAGGGCAGCCUGCACUCUGAUGGCUCAAGUGGGGGCAGCAGUGGCAACACCCACGAUGACUUUGUGAUGAUCGACUUCAAACCGGCUUUUUCUAAAGAUGACAUUCUUCCGAUGGAUUUGGGGACCUUCUAUCGUGAAUUUCAGAAUCCCCCUCAGCUGAGCAGCCUCUCCAUAGAUAUCGGGGCACAGUCCAUGGCUGAGGACUUGGACUCACUACCAGAGAAGCUGGCUGUGCACGAGAAGAAUGUCCGAGAAUUUGAUGCCUUCGUAGAAACGCUGCAGUAAAAGUUGAUGUCCUUGAAUACCAGCAGCCGCCCCUUGUUGUGGUCAGGAGACAGGGCCUCCCACUCAUCAGAUGCUCCCAUCCCUCAUCCUGCCCCAGGUGGAGGAGAGGCUGGUGUCCCCCCGAGGACCCGGAAGUCUCUGUUUUUCCAUCUCCUGGAGACUCCAUGGUGGCAGUCCAGCCUGGUGACAGCAUUGGAGAGGACUUACCCCCUGGUCUUGAAGAUUGGAAGAUGCUCUAUAACAAAAGGGCCCUCAGGGCCCUCUGCUUACACCGCCCAUCAGCAACUGCUUCACGAAGGCUGUUGUCUCGUUCCUCCUGCCACCCCCACCCUGGGUCCACCCUGCAGCUGGCCCCUUGCUCACCUGCUGUUACUGUCAACCACUUGACAUUCCAACUGGUGGCCCAGAGCAUAGUGUGGGGGCAGAAAGAGGAAGGAGCCAGUACUAGGAGGAAGAAGGAAGGGCUCCUUCAGGCUCUUGUCCCCUUUGGUUUGGUGUCUUCCUCUCUCCCCCUCUCUGCCCCUGUGCCUAUACUUUUGGCAAUAUGAUAGGCCUCCUGCCCAAGGUGGCGGGAACUCCAAAGUCUGCCAUUCCCACGCAGCCCUGGUGGCUGCAUGUGCUCAGCUCCUCAGCUGCACAGAAACAAGAAUCCUACAUCUCUAGGAUUCUCUCACUGAGAGUCACAGCAAAAGUUUUUUCUCUCCUUCUUCCCCCUAUUGCUGCUCCUUGGUUAUAAAACACGGUAAAUAUUUAUUACUU